UGGUCACUCUGUUUGUCGGACAUGAAGGAGUGACAUUUCAGGAAAAGUAUUUUAUUUGGAUAUGGUAAAUUCGCUUUUUAUAAUCGAUUUACUGUGAAAACACAUUAAAUUAUGAAUCGAUCCACCACAAUUAAUCUAAUCUGAUUGCUUCUAAAUGAAAAAAAAACUCAAACCAGCAAAAUGGGAUAUUUUCCGUCUUAUCGGCCAGCUGUCAAACAGUGACAUCAUUUUCAUGUUUUGGGGAAACGAAAAGAAAAACAACAAACGAAACAGCAACCGAACUGCAGGGACGAGAGAGAGUGCCACAGAGUGUGUGCUUUUCUUUCCAUUUAUAGUGCAUACGCAUACCCACCGCCCAAGAAAGAAAAACAGUGCCCAUUUUCCCGACCUACACACAAGUGUGCCGCUUCCCGAUUCCUUUACCUACCCGCUCGGCGGAGGGGCAGGGCUCGGAUCGUUCGUGCAAAGUGUACCAUCCCGCACGGCGCAACAAUGUCCACCAACAGUGGCGGCGGAAGCGUUGGCAGCGGGGCACACUUCCCCGCGAGUGCAGCCGUAUCGAACUACCACGACAUCUACGUUCAACAGCAACCUAGCGGCGCCGGUGGCCACGAAGAGCUGGACAGCAUAAACAGCAUCGCCCCGGUACCACCACCGCCCGUUUCGCAACCCACAGUGAUAGUGGCGGGUCUACAGUCGUCACAGACGAGGGGUGGUGGUGGCCCUCCGAGCAGCAGUUCGCUCUACUUCCCGACCGCCCCCCCGCCCGUCCCGUACAGUGAGCUGGGCGAACCGAGCGGCAACGUGGGGCGGCGCGGCGAACCGCCCAGCUACGACGAGGCGGUCGACGUGGAGGCGCCCCCACCGUCCUACGAUUCGCUGUUCGGGCGGGUGCGCGAGGCACGCAAAUCUUCCCGCGGCGUGUUGGAUUUUUUAGUCAACAUUGUUAUUCUGGUGCUUGGCACGCUUGGAUGCACCAUCGCGCUCGGCAUCACGAUCGUCAUACCGGUGUGCAUGAUCGUGUUCGGUUCCAUCUACCUGUACGACUGCCCGCAGGGUGAGUACAUCCCGGUGUACCUGCUGGUCGGCGGUGGGUUCGGCGUGCUGAAGCAGCUGCUCCAUCUGUCCACGCGCGUCCGCAGCCGGGAGGAGCAGGAGCUGGAGCGGCUGCGGCAAACGCCAACGCAAACGCUCAUCAACUGCUUCAUGCUCGGGUGGUUCAUCAUCGGUUCGUUCUGGAUCUAUCAGAUUUACGAGCCGAACUACGACCCGGCGCUCGGCAAGUACUGCAACAAAUCCCUGUACCUGUUCACCUUCUGGCUGAUCACCUCCGUCUACAUGAUGCUGUUCGUCGUCACGAUCGUGCUGUGCAGCGUUAGCAUCAUAAGCCUUUGCUUUCACCGGCAAACCUAGCCGGUGGUGCUGCUGCCGUCGCCCCACCUGACCCACCAUGCGCAACGCUAGCGGGCAGGUGCGAAGGAUGUGCGAAGGAUUUGCGCAGGUUUGGCAUCGUUUUGUUUUGUUUUUUUCACAUUAAUUUUAUUUCAACCUCGUAGUAACUGCUCGUGGCGUUAAACCGCAUCCGUUGCGUGCUGGAAGAGUGUGUGAAUUCGUCCACCUCCACUCUGCUGUUCGUCUGUUGAGUUAAGGUUUUGCUUUACAGGCGAACGCACAAUCGAUGGACGAUCAGUACCAUUCAGGUACCGGGGUACAUCAAACCUGAAUGUUUGACGAUGCAAACACGUAGAACGUGAUUUGCUUUAUCUCGAGUAUUUGUAGCAAAAGGGACAGCAAUACUUCCUUCAACUGUAUUAAAAUCAUAUUGGUUUGCAAAGACGCAAAAUUUGCACAUAACGUAACGGUCAUGAUUCAGGUCAGGAAUCAUUCCCAAUCCCACCCAGUUUUUGGUGCGUUUUUUUCAACUCUGCCAACAGCGUGUUGUUGUUGUGGCAUUGAAUUAAAUUUAGUCCUCUUGAGAGAUAUCGAAUUGAGCUUCGAUUCUUGAUGCCAAACGAAGAAGCAGAAGAAGCGUGAAAUACUUACUAGGAAAAAGUACACGAACUGAUGAUACGCGGGCAAUCGCUCCUCUCUACCGAUUUUUGGUUAGUAAGCUAUACUUCCAUCUCUAUCACCUUACCUUACCCAACGUUAUUCGGAUAAGUUUGUUAGUCUAUAACGGCGCCGCCCACCCUGUAUUGUGUGAUGUUGGCACAUGUUACAGGGAUUUUUCAGGAGUUCCCAUAGCUGUGGGACACUUUAUUUACUCUUUCUUACUGGAAAUGAACAUGAAUUGGACUCUAUAGCACUCUUGUUGAACAAAUCUAAUAGGAAUUUCCAAAGGAGCAUGUCUAAAAAUGGUACCGUAGAGUUUCAUUUCCAACAUAUGAAGUUCGCUUCUAAUUAGAAAGAGCCAAGGAAGUAUCCCACAACUACGAGAACCCCUCGAAAACCCUGUAAGCAUGGAGAAUGUGCGUGCGUGUGUUUGAAUGUAUAAUUACACCGCCUAAUGUGCUGCUGAUGUUUUCGUUGGUCUAUUUACAACCAAAAACAGAAAAAAGAACAACUACCCUCUAAGUCUCGAAUUUCUAAACAGCUCCUCUAUAUGUAUGUGUGUGUGUGUACAGUGCAGGUGGAUAUGCGCUUCCCGAAGAAAUGCUUUUGAAAUAGGCUGUGUGCAUUGCUCGCUACUUUCCCGAUUUUUAAAAAUGCACCCCCGUAGUGUGUGGUAUAAAAACACUUUACAACAUAACAAAAACGCCAAAUCUACAUUGUACAGAAGAGAACAAACAAAAACCCAAUCCCACAAACACACGCACACACAGAGAGUACAAUGCUGCGUUCGGUGUUGCACAUGAUUUACAUUUUUAGCUAUAUUAGUCCAAGCGCCAGUUUAGAAAGCACAAUACAGGAACACACUCGCAUGGGCAAAAGUGCGCAAAAUGUUAUAAAGUAAAUAGGGCAUGAAAUCGCUUUCCUCGUAUCUUCGUUUGAAUCGCUACACGGCAUCCCGCACACCCGGAGAAAAGGGGAAUGCAAUGAAAAUACAACCAUUUGUGUGUGUGUAUGUUUGGCCCGAGGGUGUGAUAUAAAUAAUAACUUCUAUAUAAAUAUAUAUAUUUUUUAAACUGAUCAAUUUCAACACCACAAUGAUAAAUGGUGUGUUACAAACCUCUUAACGAUUAAUUAAAUGUGUAAAAGCAAGGAUAAAAUAUACAUGCAUAUAUAUAUAUAUACAUACAUAUACGCGCAAACGAUUUA